CUGCGAUAUCUGAUUGGUCCGUUGACAGCGCAUGCUCAGUGAAGUGGGGGACGCGCUUUCCUUUUCAGCCUAGACGAAGAGAUAGAACCACAAUGGGUAACGAACACAGCCAGCACGGAUCAUGUUGCGAACUCCUGACAAAAUGCUUUCAAAGACCUGAUGAUGACAAGCGAUCUGUAAGAAUAAGUCUUGUCAAUAUUCUAUGGUCAAGGCUCGUGUUGGUGUAGAAGCUGUCGAGAUUCUGCACACGCAUACAGAUACUUGAUACAUUACUGAGGCAUUUGAGGAAUGUAACACAGUAGUGUAGGUGUGACACCACAUAGCUACAUACUCCUGAGAAAUAGUAGUAUAACUAUUACUGUUCAAUUCUGUAGAAGUUACUGAAGGAUGAUCAGAAGAAGCAGACCAUUGAAAUCAACCAAACAUCAGAAGUCAUAGAAUACCAGUUCCCGAGCUCAUCUGGGCCAACAAGUGAGGUUCCCUCCGAGUACCAUUCUGAGACCGAGGAAGAUCAUGAGAAUGGAGGAGAAGGGGGAGAGAGAAAGAAGCCAGACAGAGUAAAGAAGACAGGAGAUGAAGCCAUAUCUGUGAACUCAUCCACUAGCUCAGGACCAAAGUGGCGCCUCGUCCCCAGUUCUCAAUCAUCACAGAAUAAUUGAUAGAGCGAUAAUUAUAGCUUUACAGUAGUAAUUGGCUGUGUUCCCACCAAACUAUAAAUCAUCUGUUUUUACUCCACUUGGCCUUGGUGCAAGUUCUGCUGCGUGUGGGUGGCGAACGAUCCGAUGUAAUUGAGCUAACCGCAUCACAAACGUACAGACGGACAUUCUCCGACUACCUCUGUAUUCAAAGAAGCCAAAUGACCAUAGCCUUUCCUAGCAACUGUUCCAUAAAAACUGAACAGAGAAGUGCUCCUUGUACAGAGGUGUCUUGAUAGUAAUAACGGCACGCCCAAUAGCAACAUUCCUGCCAUGCUCCGUGCUGCAGUGCUGAUAAUACCUUUGGACGUGAUGGCUACAUGCUCCUGCAAAUCCUGCUGCGUUUGGCUGUGCGGGUUGUGCUGUUGGUGCUGUCGUAGACACAGAGCAAAGAGAGAGACUUCACCGCUGCUAACCAGUGGAGCAGGUGGGGAAAUGUCGCGGCUGAGAGUGACUGCCAGCCCUGACGGCCGCUCGGAAACACAGACUGUUGAGGUCAAAGUCCGUUCUCGUGAAGAGGAAGACGAGGUUGCAACACCCAAGGUCUCAGCUGAUAAGGAGAAGAGAAGGUCUAGAGAGGUGUCACCUCGCAACCCAGCGACCUCCACAACCUUUGUUAGAGGGAGCAGUGGUCGGUUGUCAUGGCGAAUGGUGCCUCACUCUAAGAGGGCUGGCUCUGCUGUGAGCAGUGAGGAUACAGCCCAAACCACCACCAGCACUAAAGUGGUUGCCCAGGAGAUGGAGGUCAGCGAGGUCAAGAUUGACCUUGUUGCCAUGGCAACAGACACCCCGCCCCCUCCACCGAAGGCGUACAGACUGACUCAGACAUUUGAGGAUGAGUCUGAGGAAGGGGUGGAUGAGGAGGUACAGUCUGAGAUAGUUCAUACAUCAUCUUUCUCCUUCGCUGCUCGUGAUGGUGGACUGGUUGGCACUCAUUAGACAAUGUGGCCACUGAACUAUACAUAGCUGUCUUGAUGACAUUUCAACACAUCAUGAUUAACAUGUGAAAUAUUCAAUUCUCAAUCCAAUUGUCUCUGAAGCUACUCAUAACAGCACAACUACUAUAUUAUACAUUUUAGUGAAAUUACACACAAGUCAUAACUCAGUCAGUCUGUCUGUCUCAUGAAACAAUCAUUAUUUCAAUGGACGCAGUCCUUUCUGUGGGCCCAGCUCCUUAGCAACAUCAUACAGAGCCU